CCCACUACACCAAACCAGAAUCCAACAAUUUAGAGAGAGAGAGAGACAUUUCAUAGAGAGACAGAAACUGACUUUUUUAGAGAGAGAGAGAGUGAGAGAGAGAGAGAAAGUAAAGACCAGAGAGAGAGAGACAGAGAGAGAAAGAAGAUGUUGGAGUCGUGUUACAGGCCGCUGGGGCGAUGCUUCGGCUUUGCCGGCGGCGGAUGCGGUGGGUGUUGCGGCGGAGGAAGUGGUGGCGACGGACUUCUCUGGGACAUGGACUUGAAACCCCACGCCUCUGGCGACUAUUCGAUUGCCGUGGUUCAAGCUAAUUCUUCGCUUGAAGACCAAAGCCAAGUUUUCACCUCCCCUUCCACCACCUACGUCGGCGUCUACGACGGCCACGGCGGCCCCGAGGCCUCUCGAUUCAUCACCAACCACCUGUUCUCUUACCUUCACAAGUUUGCUUCGGAUCAAGGAGGAUUGUCUGCAGAUGUGAUUAGGAAGGCAUUUGAUGCCACUGAAGAGGAAUUUUUGCAUUUGGUGAAGCGAUCAUGGCUAGCUCAGCCUCAGAUUGCUUCGGUUGGUUCUUGUUGUCUUGUUGGGGUGAUUUCAAAUGACAUCUUGUAUGUGGCGAACCUUGGGGAUUCGAGGGCAGUGCUUGGCCGAGCAGUAUCAGAUGGGCCAACCAGUAAAUCUACCAAUGUGGUGGCAGAGCGCUUAUCAACAGAUCAUAAUGUUGGGGAUGAGGAGGUGAGGAAGGAAGUUGUGGCACUUCAUCCUGAUGAUUCCCACAUUGUUGUGUAUACUCGUGGAGUUUGGCGAAUUAAGGGCAUAAUUCAGGUGUCCAGAUCAAUCGGAGAUGUUUAUCUAAAGAAACCCGAGUUUAACAGAGAUCCUCGUUUCCUGCAAUUUGGAUCACCUGUUCCUUUAAAAAGAGCUGUAGUGUCAGCAGAGCCUUCUAUCUUGAUUAGAAAGUUAAGGCCACAAGACUUAUUCUUGAUAUUUGCAUCGGAUGGCCUCUGGGAGCAACUAAGCGAUGAAGUAGCUGUUGAAAUCGUCAAGAAAAGUUCAAGAGUUGGAAUAGCAAAGCGCUUGAUUAGAGCUGCCCUGCAAGAGGCUGCAAAGAAAAGAGAAAUGAGCUAUGAUGACAUAAAAAGAAUUGAAAAGGGGGUUAGGCGCCAUUUCCACGAUGAUAUCACAGUGAUUGUGAUAUAUCUGGAUCGUCAACAGCGCUCUCCAAAUGGGAAAUGCAAGGAUUACCGGAUGGUUGAUUGCACUAGCGCCCCAGUUGAUAUUUUCACGCUUAACUCAGAUGAAACAGAAAAUACACCUCAGACUUCUCCCUGAACAGUCCUUAGACAUGGUGCUGGCGUGUAAAUACAAUGGUAAAUUUUGUUUGUUUCAGUUUUUCUAAACGGGAAUAUAUGGGAUUUCUGGGUCAUAAUUAGAGAGGUGUUGUAAAUAAUCUUGUGAAGGAGGGAUGAGAGAUUUAAGCUGUUUGCUUCCCGGCUUGGGUUUUGACCUCAUUUCUUGUUUUGUUUUUGUUGUGUAUGUGUGGGUAUGUAUGUUUUAUAUAACUGAGAUUGAAUUAUAAAUCCUUUUUAAAACACAGCCAUUAUUUGUUUGUUUUC